CCCCGAGGCAGUGGCAGUUCAGUUGCGGUUGGGCCUUGGAGGAGAGAGGAUCUCUGUCUCCGGAGCCAUGGCCGUCCGGGCCCCUACACAGCGAGGCGAUGCCAGCGCCGAGAGAUACCUGUUUGUGGACCGGAACCAGGUGGGCAACCCAGCUUCGCAAGCCGACUGGACGGCCAAGCGGCUCGUAUGGGUCCCUUCGGAGCGUCACGGCUUCGAGGCGGCCGGGCUGCGCGAAGAGCGGGGCGACGAGGUGAUGGUGGAACUGGCCGAAAACGGGCGUCAGGUGCUGGUCGCCAAGGACGACAUCCAGAAAAUGAAUCCCCCCAAGUUCACCAAGGUGGAGGACAUGGCGGAGCUGACCUGCCUCAACGAAGCCUCGGUGCUGCACAACCUCAAGGAUCGCUACUACUCGGGCCUCAUCUACACAUAUUCAGGGCUUUUCUGCGUGGUCAUCAACCCUUACAAGAACCUGCCCAUCUACACAGAGCAGAUUGUGGAAAUGUACCGGGGCAAGAAACGUCACGAGAUGCCCCCUCACAUCUAUGCCAUCUCUGAGGCGGCCUAUCGCAGCAUGCUCCAGGAUCGAGAGGACCAGUCUAUCUUGUGCACGGGUGAAUCAGGUGCCGGCAAGACUGAGAACACUAAGAAAGUAAUCCAGUAUUUGGCGCAUGUGGCUUCGUCACAUAAAGCCCGCAAAGACCACAACAUACCGCCGGAGUACCCGACCGAAGCCAAACAGGGUGAACUGGAGCGUCAGUUGCUACAAGCCAACCCUAUUCUGGAGGCCUUUGGCAAUGCGAAGACUGUAAAAAAUGACAACUCUUCGCGAUUCGGUAAAUUUAUUCGAAUUAACUUUGAUGUAGCUGGCUACAUUGUCGGAGCCAAUAUAGAAACAUAUCUUCUGGAGAAAUCGCGAGCCAUUCGUCAAGCCAAGGAUGAGCGCACCUUCCACAUCUUCUACCAGCUCUUAGUGGGAGCUGGCGAGCAUAUGAAAGGAGAGCUGUUGCUGGAGCCAUUCAAUCAGUAUCGCUUCCUGUCCAACGGAUACCUCCCCAUCCCCGGCCAGCAGGACAAGGAGAUCUUCCACGAGACCAUGGAGUCCAUGCGCAUCAUGGGAUUUUCCCACGAGGAGAUACACUGUAUGCUGCGGAUGGUCUCAGCUGUGCUGCAGUUUGGGAACAUUGUCUUCCGAAAAGAGAGAAACACAGAUCAGGCAUCCAUGCCUGAUAACACAGCUGCUCAAAAACUCUGCCACCUCCUGGGCAUGAAUGUCACUGAGUUUACACGUGCCAUCCUUACCCCACGCAUAAAAGUUGGCCGGGACUAUGUACAGAAGGCGCAGACAAAGGAGCAGGCUGACUUUGCAGUUGAAGCAUUGGCCAAAGCCACAUAUGAGCGACUCUUCCGCUGGCUGGUGCAUCGGAUCAACAGGGCACUGGACCGUACUAAGCGCCAAGGAGCUUCCUUCAUCGGCAUUCUGGACAUUGCAGGCUUUGAAAUCUUUCAGCUGAAUUCCUUUGAACAGCUCUGUAUCAACUACACCAACGAAAAGCUCCAGCAGCUUUUCAACCACACCAUGUUUGUACUGGAGCAAGAGGAGUACCAGCGAGAAGGCAUCGAAUGGAACUUUAUUGACUUUGGCCUGGACCUCCAGCCCUGCAUUGACCUCAUUGAAAGACCUGCCAAUCCCCCAGGAGUGCUGGCGUUGCUAGAUGAGGAAUGCUGGUUCCCCAAAGCCACUGACAAGAGCUUUGUGGAGAAGGUCAGUCAGGAGCAGGGAACUCACCCCAAAUUCCAGAAGCCCCGACAGCUGCGGGACAAAGCUGACUUCUGCAUCAUUCAUUACGCUGGCAAGGUGGAUUACAAAGCAGACGAGUGGCUCAUGAAGAACAUGGACCCUCUCAAUGACAAUGUGGCUACCCUCCUCCACCAGAGUGCCGACAAGUUCACAGCAGAACUUUGGAAAGAUGGUAGGGUGUUUACAAAGACUGAGAUCCAGAAUAUACAGAAGGUCUAUUUCUUUGACAGCUAUGCCGUGGCACCUCAGGGUCCAGUAGAAAUGGAUCGGAUUGUCGGCCUGGACCAAGUGAGCGGGAUGGGCGACCUUGCCUUUGGCGCCUCGUACAAGACCAAGAAGGGAAUGUUCCGGACGGUGGGGCAGCUGUAUAAGGAGUCUCUCUCGAAACUCAUGUCGACGCUACGCAACACCAACCCCAAUUUUGUGCGCUGUAUCAUACCCAACCAUGAGAAAAGAGCUGGAAAACUGGAACCGCACCUUGUAUUGGACCAACUACGCUGCAAUGGAGUCUUGGAAGGAAUUCGCAUUUGCCGCCAAGGGUUCCCCAACCGCAUCAUCUUUCAGGAAUUUCGGCAGAGAUAUGAGAUCCUGACACCAAAUGCCAUUCCCAAAGGGUUCAUGGAUGGGAAACAGGCCUGCGAACGAAUGAUCAAGGCCUUGGAGCUGGAUCCUAAUCUCUUCCGCAUUGGCCAGAGUAAGAUCUUCUUCCGGGCUGGCGUUUUGGCUCACCUGGAAGAGGAACGGGACCUGAAGAUUACAGAUAUCAUAGUGUCUUUCCAGGCAGCUGCUCGUGGAUACUUGGCCCGCAAGGCUUUCAUGAAAAAGCAGCAGCAGAUGAGUGCCCUCAAAGUCAUGCAACGCAACUGUGCUGCCUACCUCAAGUUGCGCCACUGGCAGUGGUGGCGUCUCUUCACCAAGGUGAAGCCUCUACUACAGGUGACUCGCCAGGAUGAGGUGAUGCAGGCAAAGGCUGUGGAGCUGCAAAAGGUGCAAGAAAAACACACAAAAACCCAAAUGGACCUCAAGGAACUGGAAAACAAAUAUCAGCAGCUUUCGGAAGAGAAGACCAUCCUGGCUGAGCAGCUGCAGGCAGAGACUGAGCUCUUUGCGGAGGCCGAGGAGAUGCGGGCACGGCUGGCAGCCCGAAAGCAAGAGCUGGAGGACAUCCUGCAUGAACUGGAGUCUCGGGUGGAGGAGGAGGAGGAGCGAUGCCAGCAGCUGCAGGGAGACAAGAAGAAGAUGCAGCAGCACGUCCAGGAUCUUGAAGAGCAACUGGAAGAGGAGGAGGCUGCCCGGCAGAAGCUUCAGCUGGAGAAAGUGAGCACGGAAGCCAAGCUAAAAAAAAUGGAGGAGGACCUGUUGGUGCUUGAAGACCAAAACUCGAAGCUGCACAAAGAAAGGAAGCUGAUGGAGGAACGUCUCUCAGAGUUCACAUCUCACAUGGCAGAGGAGGAGGAAAAAGUGAAGAGCCUCUCCAAGUUACGCAAUAAAUACGAAGCUGUCAUGGCUGACAUGGAAGAUCGGCUAAAGAAGGAAGAAAAGGGACGUCAGGAGCUGGAAAAGCUGAAGCGCAAACUGGAUGGGGAGGCGGGUGACCUGCAGGAGCAGGUGGCAGAGUUGCAGCAACAGCUGGAGGAGCUUCGCCAAGCACUGGCAAGGAAGGAGGCUGAGCUGCAGGCAGCCUUGGCCAGAGUGGAGGAUGAAGCAGCACAGAAGAAUGCGGUGCUGAAGUCCCUGCGAGAGCUGCAGGCCCAACUGGCUGAACUGCAGGAGGACAUGGAGUCUGAGAAGUUGGCGCGGGCCAAGGCCGAGAAGCAGCGGCGUGAUCUGGGCGAGGAACUGGAGGCCCUGAAGACAGAGCUUGAGGACACGCUGGAUUCGACAGCAGCCCAGCAAGAAUUACGGUCAAAACGGGAGCAGGAAGUGACUGAACUCAAAAAGACCAUCGAGGAAGAGGUCAAGGUGCAUGAAGCGCAAGUGCUGGACAUGCGCCAGCGCCACACGAGUGCCCUAGAGGAGCUGUCGGAGCAGCUGGAGCAGUCACGACGGUUCAAAAUUAAUUUGGAGAAGACCAAGCAGGCUCUGGAAGGGGAGAAUGCUGAGAUGCAAAAGGAGGUGAAGCUCCUGCAAGCAGCCAAGCUGGAGUCAGAGCAGCGGCGCAAGAAACUCGAGGGCCAGGUCCAGGAGCUGCAGCUCCGAGCUGGUGAAGGUGAAAGAGCCAAGGCUGAGCUUGUGGAGAGGCUGGUGAAGCUGCAGAAUGAGCUUGAUGGAGUCUCUGGCACCCUGGGAAGCACAGAGUCCAAGACAAUAAAGCUUGCCAAAGACCUCGCCACUGUGGAAUCCCACUUGCAAGAUACUCAGGAACUUCUCCAAGAAGAAACACGGCAAAAACUGAAUCUGAGCUCUCGGGUCCGGCAACUGGAAGAGGAAAAAGCGGCCAUGCUGGAACAGCUGGAGGAAGAGGAGGCUGCCAAGGCCAACUUCAGCCGCCAAAUGCAAAGCUUGCAGCAGCAGGUCAUGGAGACUAAGAAGAAACUGGAGGAAGAUGCUGGAGUGGCCGAAGCCAUAGAGGAAGCUCGGCGGCGGGCAGCCAAGGACUUAGAGAGCCUGUCUGUGCGCUAUGAGGAACGGGUCCAGGCCUGCGACAAGCUGGAGAAAGGGAGGACCCGGCUGCAGCAGGAGCUGGACGACGUCACUGUGGCCCUUGACCAGCAGCGCCAAGUGGUCUCAGCCCUGGAGAAGAAACAGAAGAAAUUUGAUCAGAUGUUGGCUGAAGAGAAGCUGAUCUCGGCCCGUUAUGCCGAGGAGAGAGACCGGGCUGAAGCUGAUGCCCGUGAGAAAGAGACCAAGGUGCUGUCGCUGAGCCGGGCCCUGGAAGAAGCGCUGGAGACACGGGAGGAGAUGGAGAGGCAGAACAAGCAGCUCCGGGCAGAGAUGGACGACCUGGUCAGCUCCAAGGAUGACGUUGGCAAGAAUGUGCAUGAACUGGAGCGUUUCAAGCGGGCCUUGGAACAGCAAGUGCAAGAGAUGCGAGCCCAGAUGGAGGAGCUAGAAGAUGAGCUUCAGGCCACAGAGGAUGGGAAGCUACGCCUAGAGGUCAACAUGCAGGCCCUAAAGGCACAGCAUGAGAGGGAGCUGCAGAACCGCGACGAUGCCAACGAUGACAAGAAGAAACUCCUAAGCAAGCAGGUGCGAGAGUUGGAGGCUGAGCUGGAUGCUGAGAGAAAACAACGGGCACAAGCACUGGCUGGCCGGAAGAAGCUGGAGCUUGAUCUCCAAGAGGCAAUGGCACAGCUGGAUGCCGCCAACAAGGGACGGGACGAAGCAGGGAAACAGCUGCGCAAGUUGCAGGCCCAGAUGAAGGAGCUCUGGCGUGAAGUAGAGGAGGCCCGGGCAGCCCGGGAGGAAAUUUUCAUCCAGUCUCGUGAGAGUGAGAAGAAGCUGAAGAACUUGGAAGCAGAGCUGCUGCAACUGCAAGAGGACCUGGCAGCAUCAGAACGAGCCAAAAGGCAGGCGCAACAGGAGCGGGACGAUCUCGCAGAUGAGCUGGCGAAUGGGAACAGUGGCAAGUCAGCUCUUCUGGAUGAAAAGCGCCACUUGGAGGCAAGAAUUGGUCAGUUGGAGGAAGAGUUGGAUGAAGAGCAAAGCAACAUGGAACUCCUCAAUGACCGGUACCGUAAGCUCAGCAUGCAGGUUGAGACGCUCACCACAGAAUUGGGAGCUGAGCGCAGCUUCUCACAGAAAACAGAGAACGCUCGGCAGCAGCUCGAGCGCCAGAACAAAGACCUGAGGGCCAAGUUGGGCGAGAUGGACUCAUCUGUCAAGUCUAAAUACAAAAUGGCAAUUGCAACUCUGGAGUCUAAGGUGGCACAGCUAGAAGAACAGUUGGAGCAAGAGUCCAGGGAACGGAUCCUGUCAGGGAAACUUGUGCGUCGUGCAGAGAAAAAGCUUAAGGAGGUGAUCCUCCAAGUCGAUGAAGAGCGGAGGAACGCAGACCAGUACAAGGAUCAGGUUGAAAAGGGCCACUUGCGGCUGAAGCAGCUCAAGCGACAGCUGGAGGAAGCUGAGGAAGAAGCAUCGCGGGCGAACGCAAGCCGCCGCCGCAUGCAGCGUGAACUUGAGGAUGUCACCGAGUCAGCUGAGUCCAUGAACCGCGAGGUCACCAGCCUGCGAAAUCGCCUCAGCAAGGUAGAACGCCGGCAGCGGAAACGCACACCGCUGAGCUUCACCACCCGAACUGUGCGGCAGGUCUUCCGUCUUGACGGCGUCUCUGAUGAGGAGACCGAAGACCCGGAGAGCGACUCUCCCUCCACCAACCACAAGCCUCUGACACCUUCCCAAGGGCCGCCGCAGCCAGCGACCCCUACUGAAGAGCCAGCCCAGACUGACUGAGGAGGGGGAGCCAGACCCUAGGUGGGUGGGUUGGAUUUGCAGGGAAGGGGCGGAGGAAGAGUGGACGACAGGGGGCCCUUAUCUUGCACACCUUCUGACACAUAACACAAAACAAUAACAACACAUUAUCAUCCCCGGAUCCCAUGGCCAACCGCAACUCCUCUUCCAAGAGCCUCUCCCCGCUCUUUGAGGGCAACUCCUCCUUGUAUCAGCCUGCACUUUAAUAUCGACCACCCCUGAGGGGUGAAUGUUGAGGAGGAGGGAAAUUCUGAGGUGAGCUACGGUUGAAGUUUUUAAUAGAUUGAACAGGAGAAAAAAAUAAUCAGAAUUGAGAAAGCCAUUUUUUCUUGCAACUUCUCCCUCUUUUUCCUCCUCUUCCCUGCCCAACUCUAGUUUAAAUAAAGAUAUAGAUAUAUAUAUAACGAAUUCCUAGCCCACCAUUUUCAAAUAACUAAAUAAUAUUGAAACUGGUCAGUAGACACAGGGCUGGGUUGGGGCUUGGCUGGACCCAUCCAGCACUGCAGCUGCUUUUUUGAGUACAAGUUGUGGUUUAGACUAGAGUCAGGGAAACUACUUUUGAGAGACUGCAACUCCCAGAAUUGUAGUCCUUCAAAAGCUAAUUUUUGCAAGCCUGGAUUCCACAAGCCUUUUGCCUUGCCCUGAAAUGCAGCCAGCUCUAGCACGGGUUUGCCAUUUGGUUUCCCCUUCACCCAGCUCUGAGAAGGAACGGUACUCGGGGGGGCCUCCUGUUUCCUUGCUUCUCAUGUCAUGCCACUGCAAAGGUCUCCUUUUCAUCUCUCCUUUUCUUUUCCUCGAAGGGGGGGCUGGUGCUUCCGAAGCCCCUCAGAUUUCCUUCACACGAAGGCUAUAAGGAAUUUUCUAUCAUCUCUGAAAGGCUGCUCCUUGCAGCACACUCACACACCUCAGCUUGGUGGAGGUUAUUUGGACCCUCUGCCGGCCUCUUGCGCCUGUAAAAUCACGAGGAAUUAACUGGAAGCCUGUUCAUCUCAGCCAGCCUUCUCCAGUUUUGGAUCAGGACCUGGGUUCCAUCAUCUCUGCAUAUCGUUGCCAGCAGCCAAGAGCACUUUGAUUUCUCCCUGACCCACCCUAACCCCAACCCUGAACUUGCUGUGGUGGUAAUUUCUUUAAAAAAAAAAACUUACAGUGAAGAAGUUAGGAUUUGCAAACUGCAUAGAUUCAACAGCAAAACCAGGCGAGAUGGUAUACCAUAUCUUAAACCUGUUCCAUCUUGACUGAUUGCACAUGUAUAGUAACUAACAAAGAAUUUUGGUUUUCUAACAAUUAAAUUCAUUGUGUUGUUGAAGGCUUUCAUGGACAGAAUCACUGGGUUGCUGUGAGUUUUCCGGGGAGUAUAGCCAUGUUCCAGAAGCAUUCUCUCCUAACGUUUUGCUCACAUCUAUGGCAGGCAUUCUCAGAGGUUGUGAGAUCUGUUGGAAAUUAGGCAAGUGACAUUUAUAUAUCUGUGGAAUGCCCAGGAUGGGAGAAAAAGGGUGAAUUUUGCAAUUGGCCACCUUGAUUAGCAUUGAAGAGCCUUGCAGCUUCAAACCUGACUGUUUCCUGCCUGUGGGAAUCCUUUGUUGAGAGGUGUUAGCUGGCCCUGAUUGUUUCCUGUCUAGAAUUCCCCACGUUUUUUUUUUUUGAGACUCACAGCAACCCAAUGAACUUCAUUUUUCCUCCUGAAAGUUAGUUUUUAAUUCUCUUAGGCUAUAACUUUAGAAAUAUCCUGUUUUGAAGCUCUUAACUGCUGCAUCUCUAUAGCUACUCACCCUUUGCUUUGGGGCCCUUGACUUUUGCCACUGUUAUUCUUGCCUACUUACCAAAAUGAAAGUGUAAUUGUCCUGGGAGAAAAGGACAGAGAUUCAAUUAAAUUAGAAAUCAAAUGCUAGACUUUAGAAUAAAGUGGGCAGUGAAGCAAAUGAUGCAAAAUAAGUGUAUCUCAAGGAAUCAUGGUGAUUUAUCUAACAAACAGGAUUUUUUUCGACACUUAACUUGCCGUGCUGUGGCCCGAAUCCAAUUGCUAAUCCCAACCAGAGUUGAACCUGUGUACGCAAAACGGCAAAUUAACAUUUAGGCAGUUUCUGUUGAUUCAGGGGGUCCCACUCUUGUUGGCAUUUGCUGUUGGAGCCAAACCUGUGAGGUUAGUAAAAAUAUAGAAUCAUAGAGUUGGAAGAGACCCCAAGGGUCAUCCAGUCCAACCCCCUGCCAUGGGGAACACACAAUCAAAGCAUUCCUGAUAGAUGGCCAUCUAGCCUCUGCUUAAAAACCUUCAGAGAAGGAGACUCCACCAUGCGUUGGGCAGUGUAUUCAACUGCCAAACAGCUCUUGCCAUCACUAAGUUCUUCCUAAUGUUUCAGUGGAUGCUCUUUUCAUGUGAAGAAUUCUGAGAGACCUCUGCAGCUGUUUCUAGCCUUCUUUUGGUUUUAUUCCAUUUUCCAGGAGAGCUUUUAAUCUCUGGUUAGAUGUAAACCUCCUUAAUAAAUUUGGGGGAAUGGACAACUAGGAGCUAAGCAGGUUCCAGAUUGUUACAAACUCUAACCUGCCCGCCUUCCCCUGUCUUAGGAACAAUGCCUUUGCUCUGCUCACCCUGCUUCACUUGCUACUUUUAUCCCCAGCAUGUAGGUAACUAGCAUGUGGAGGUGAUAUACAUAUACUAUCAUGUCAAAAGAAAUGAUAGAAAUGUCUUUCAUUGAAAUUGCACAUAUGUGGAAGCUGCUGCUGCUUCCUUAUAGGAAAAUAUAUAUAUAAAGUGGCCCUUAUUGGCAGUGUAAGAGCCUCUACUUAUCCAGAGGCUAUGGAAUCCUCCCUUUCCUCACUUUGACAUUGAUCUGAAUUCCUCAUUAACGGUGUCCACACGUUGGCAUUCACUUCCACUUCGUGCGAGGCUAUAGGACAAUACCAUGCCUUUGACCUGUGUGCCCAAAGUUUGGGUAUUUGCAGUCUAGUUCUUUGCAUGUUUACUCAGAAACCAGACCCUUGGCUGUCAAAGGAGCUUCCUCUUGGAUGAAGGCAGGUAGGAUUUCAGAUCCAAUAAUAUCCAGCACUUAUAUAGCACUUUAGUGUUUCAGAGUGUUUUGCAUUCAUUAUCUCAGUAUAAACUUUGGAUCUAACUGCGUGCACCUUUUGUAAGCCAGCAGUAGAUGGGCAAAAGAAGUCUGUCCAAACCCUGCACUUAAAAAAAAGAGUUCAAGUGUGAAGAGUUUGCAAAUCCUAGCUUGGACGCCUAGUCAAAAACAUCCAGAAGUGUCUGCUCUUCUCAAUUCAGGAACCGGCUCGGGGUGGGCCUUGCCUUCUCUCUAUAUAUAAAUACGAUUUUUAUGUUUUGCAUGGUGGUUUCUUGUCUUAAUUUGUUUUUAUUCUGUCAUACUAUUAUUAUUAUUAUUUGUAUUUUGUUUCUAACAAAAGUAUUUUCUUCUGAAUGACUUGAUUUGUGUUUUCUUUUCCUCAAACCCAGGGGGUUUGCAUUUUUUAAAAUAUAUAUAUAUAUAUCUUUUUGUCUCUUCCUUCCUGCGCCAACCCACCCCUCUACCUUGCUGCUUGGAUCUGUUUGGAAAUUCUUAUCUUGAUGUAAAGGGCCAUAGCAAUUAUCCUGCUCCUUUUUUGUUAAAAAAAUGAAAAGAAACAAAGAAAAAAAAAGAGAAUACUUUUUAAGAAAAAGUAUGUCUUCUAUUAAAAGCUCAUCUCAGAUUA